AUGGCCUUCCCAGGUAUCUGUUCUCCUCGAUCUGCCCGCCUCCUUCUUACUGGGAGUGUGGAUUUGCCCGAAUUCGCCUUGAAGACGGUAGCUGAUACUCGACCCUUGGCGAAGGAGCCGCCUAUCUACUUCCCCGGUUUGAAGCCACUCGUUCGUCCCUGGCGUCUUCCUCCUUGGCUUCGACCUCAUGUCGAUGACUUGGUCAAGAAGAAGUCGGGUUUGUUUUUUUCCUCGGCCGUGUCUCGUCCCCUUCGUGUUGCCCGUCUUCCUGUUUUGCCCCCGCCUGUCCCCAUCCUCAAGCGUGCUGAGGGUCCUGCGAAGCUGAGACGUCAGGUCUCCUUUGGAGAUACCGUCGUCCAUGAAGUUGAGCGGUUCCCUUGGCGUGUCUUCCCUCCGCCUCGCUUUGCGGUGUUUGAACCCAAGCGACGGUUGCCCCUUCCUGUUCCCUCUCAUCCGGCUACUCAGGAAUUGCCGCGUCGUGCUUUGCACCUCGAGGUCACUGUUCGCGGGCCUACUUUUGGUCAGUGGAUGACUGGACUCGCUGUUGGCGUUGCUGCCAUGACCGUCCUCUCGUGGUUGCGUUGA